CUCAUAUUUUUGAAUUUGAAACAUUGUACAAUAAAUUGGUUCAAUUUUUUGAUCCCAAAAAAAAAUUUUUUUUUGAUAAUCAAAAUUUGAUAAUCAUUUGUAUAAUAAUUCCACAUCAAUUUGCUAAUUGAAUCGAUUUUUUUACGACGAAACUUUUAGCAUGUCUCAACAAAAAAUAGCAAUCCUAUCGGUUUACGACAAAACUGGUUUAAUCGAACUCGCAAAAGAACUUAAUGACCUAAAUAUACGUCUUCUCGGCUCUGGCGGAACAGCUAAAAAAAUCCGGGAGGCAGGUAUUCCUAUCUCGGAUAUAUCGGAAAUAACGAACGCUCCUGAAAUAUUGGGUGGACGUGUUAAAACUCUGCACCCAGCAGUUCAUGGUGGUAUUCUUGCUCGUAAUAUUCCGAGCGAUGAAGCUGAUCUUGCUAAACAAAAUAUCAAUAAGAUCGACAUUGUUGUGUGCAACCUCUACCCUUUCAAAGAAACGAUAUCGAAAGAAGGAAUCAGUAUUACAGAGGCUGUCGAAGAAAUUGAUAUCGGUGGUGUUACUUUGCUGAGAGCUGCGGCGAAAAACCAUGAUCGUGUUACAAUUCUUUCUGAUCCCAAAGAUUAUUCUAAAUUCAUAGCUGAAUUAAAGAGUGGAAGUAUAUCUGAAAAUUCACGUAAUUGGUUUGCUUUGAAGGCUUUCGAUCAUACAGCUGAUUAUGAUGAAGCAAUAUCCAAUUAUUUCAGACAGCAAUAUGCCAAGAAUAUUUCACAACUUACUUUGCGAUAUGGUGCAAACCCACAUCAAAAACCUGCUCAAGUUUUCGUAAAGGGUGGUCAACUUCCAAUUCAAGUUCUCGCCGGAUCACCUGGUUAUAUCAAUCUUCUUGAUGCACUUAACGGAUGGCCUUUGGUCAAGGAAUUGAAAACCGUCCUUAAACUUCCUGCUGCCGCAUCAUUUAAACACGUAUCCCCCGCUGGAGCCGCAGUUGGAAUCCCUUUGAGUGAUAUUGAGAAAAAAGUUUAUUUUGUAGAUGAUAUAAAAGAAUUAACGCCCUUGGCCAAUGCAUAUGCUCGUGCCCGAGGCGCAGAUAGAAUGUCUUCUUUUGGAGAUUGGAUCGCUUUGAGUGAUACUGUUGAUGUUCCCACUGCAAAGAUCAUAUCACGUGAGGUAUCGGAUGGUAUAAUCGCGCCUGGUUACGAGACAGAAGCUCUUGAAAUCUUGCGUAAGAAAAAAGGCGGUAAAUACACUGUUCUUCAGAUUGAUCCUAACUAUGAACCACCAGAAUUGGAAACACGUCAAGUUUAUGGAUUAUAUCUACAACAAAAACGUAAUAAUGUUCAAAUUGACGCGAACUUAUUCAACAAUAUUACAACAAAGAAUAAAAAUCUUCCCGAGUCAGCAAUCACCGAUUUAAUUGUUGCUACAAUCUCUUUAAAGUAUACACAAUCUAAUUCCGUUUGCUAUGCAAGAAAUGGUAUGGUAAUUGGAUUGGGUGCUGGACAACAAUCGCGUAUUCAUUGUACAAGGCUUGCAGGAGACAAGGCAGACAAUUGGUGGUUACGUCAUCACCCCAAGGUUUUGGCCUUUGAUUUCAAGAAAGAAUCAAAAAGAGCUGACAAAAGUAAUGCAAUCGACUUGUAUAUACUUGACAAAAUUGGCGAGGGUUCCGAGCGCGUUGCAUGGGAAUCACAGUUUAACACAAUUCCCGAACCAUUAACAAAGGAGGAACGUAAUAAGCAUUUAGCAUCUUUGUCGGGUGUUUCCCUUUCGUCGGAUGCUUUCUUUCCUUUCCCUGAUAACAUUCAUAGAGCAUAUCAAUCGGGUGUUUCUUAUAUUGCUGCCCCAAGUGGAUCAGUGCAAGACGACGUAGUUAUUAAAGCAGCCGAUGAACAUGGAAUUGUUCUAAUGCACACUAAUUUAAGAUUGUUUCAUCAUUGAAAAUUACUGAUCAAGUACCGCAAAGAAAAUUCGACGUGUAAAAAUAAUUAAAUUAUUAUAUUUGAUUAAAAGCUAAAAUUUUGCCUCAA